AUGGGCCACCAGCAGCUCUACUGGAGCCACCCAAGGAAAUUCGGACAGGGGUCCCGCUCCUGCCGGGUCUGCUCCAACCGCCACGGCCUGAUACGCAGGCAUGGCCUCAACAUGUGCUGCCAGUGCUUCCACCAGUACGCCAAGGACAUGGGCUUCGUCAAGUUGGAUUAAACACCAGUUUCUCCUGAAACCUCCCAGGCCACA